GCCAAAAGCUCCCUUUUGUUCUUAAUCUCUACUUUUAAUUUCUUAACCAAAUUCUACGUCGAUCUUUUUAUUUUUUAUUUUUUAUUAUAUGGUUGGUUUCCAUCUCGUGAAAUUCUUAACAUGUUCAUCCAUUUAAGACCUACCAAUAUAAAUAUUUUCCUUCAAAUUCCGCAAAUCUCUAGGUUUCUCUAAUAUACAUAAAUAUUUUCUUACAAUAAAUCCCUUAAAUCUCUUGUAUUUUGCAUCAAAUUAAUUUUACACCAAAUAAGCAAGCUUGGAAAAUCAUCAAUGGACACCCUCCAAAGAACAAAAUCCGACAUUUCAACCGUGUUACUACACACAAUGGAUGAAAACAUUUCUGAUGACCCUGUAAGUUUGACGAAGACGACACUCCCAAUACUAUCAGAAAUCGAGCUAGCAAAAUGCGAGUGUUGUGGAAUGAGCGAGGAAUGCUCGGCCGAGUACGUGGAGGAGAUGAAGAAGAGAUACUCAGGGAAGCUGAUAUGCGGGUUAUGUGGCGAAGCAGUCAAGGAAGAAAUGGAAAAGAAUGGCGGGAGAACGAGGGAGGAAGCUUUGGAAGAACAUAUGAAUGCUUGUGUAAGGUUUAAUAGGCUUGGUAGGGUUUACCCUGCUUUGUAUCAAGCUGAUGCUGUUAAGAAAUUGUUGAAGAAGAGCAGUAGUGCUGUUUCUAAGUCUGGUAAUAAUAAUAGGAAAGGGGGCCUUGCUCGAAGUUCCAGUUGUAUACCUGCCAUUACUAAGGAUAUGAAGGAUAAACUCAGAUUUUAAGCCAUGGAUAUGAAUGAUUGAAGAUCUCAAGGAAUUAAUUAAUUAAUGCUGUUAUUGUAAGAUAGAUUGUUGUAACUUUGAUAAAUACUUGUGUAGUUUUAUUGUUUGUUUACUUUAAUUUAUAAGUAAUGUUGUGUACGUUUUAUGUGUAGUGUGUCAUAAAUAUAUUAUGUUUUUUUUUUA